AUGUAUGCCACGGCCCAUGGGAUUGAAGUGAGCGCCGUCACGGAAGCGAUCCUGAAUGAAACGGAGGAAGGGAUUGAUGGUUGGGCGUGCAAGGGCUUAGAUUGCAAAGCCCGUGGGCCCAUGGGAAACGCUAUGUAUCGGCAGAUCAAGAAAUGUCCGGGGGCCAACGAGACUUACAAGUGGCUCUUCGAUGAUUUGAAAAAGAAGUUUCGCCAAAGCUGGGCAGUGUCAAGAAGCUUUGAUUUCGUCGCCCGCAAAAGGAUCCGGAGCAUCUCCACCACCACCAAGAACACGGAGAUUGGACAGUGGAGGAGUGAGCUCCAGCUACAGGUCUACUUCGGGGGCACUGAUCAAGAAGAAGCGAAAAGACAAGCCAGCAACUACAUCAAGAAUUGCAGAAAGUUCCCGGAUGCCUUCGUGAAGUUCAAUACAUGGACAGAGGCUGACAAUUUUCUCUUGGUAGAGAAACUGGUCUCCAAGACGGAGGAGGAGGCUUGGCGUGAAGUGGCAGAGAUGACAGAUGGUAGCGGCACCUACGAGACCGAGUCUUUCAAAUGCAAGGCAGUCCGCAAGUUCGCAGCUCAUCAUGGGCUUCAAGUGGAGGAGGUCAACAUCGAUGAUGUUGUGAAGUCCCCACUCGGCCUCCGUGGAUGGGGCGAUUACAACAUUGUCGUUCCAGGUGUUUCAGACCAUACUUUGUCAGAGGCGGCCACAGAGCCCGCCGAUGCAGGCAAGGAUGCUGAUACCACUGGCGAUGGUUCUGUGCCCCGUCCAAAGGCCAAGGCUAAAGCCAAGGCGAAGGGGAAGGGGGGCAAGGUUCCAGGCUCAGAGAGACCCAAGAAGCCCAAGAAGGAGCUUUCUACAGAGCAAAUGUCAGAGCAGCAGUCAAAGGAAAUUCUUACCAAGCUUCAGCGAUCCCAACAGAUCAUGGAAAAGAUUUCUCACAUGGGUGAUGAACUACCUUCCCAAUUCUCCUGGGCUCGUGGCUUUUUGGAAGAGUACAAAGACCUGCUCAACCGCUUCAAAGAUGCUCUCACGCCUUCUGAGGGGGCGGAACAAGAUCUCACUGAGUUCGUCGAUGAGCUCAAGUUGAACGUCAUCACCAAAGCAGGCUUGCGAUCUUUGAAAAAAGAGUACGGCAAGAACUACGAGAGCAUGCUCGCUCUGUUUGUGGAUCGGAUGAAUGGCGUUGCGACAAAGGUGCACAACAUGACCCAGGCCAUGAGCACAGAUCCGCAGCCUAAGAAGAGAGUAGCCACAUUGGCUUAUCACAUAACCCGUGCUGGAGGGCAAGGUUUGGAAGACCUGGCUUUGAAUGCAACUUCUGCUGUCAAAAACGGCCACCGGCAUGUGAAAAAACACGCUGGAAAAAUCUAUCCUGAAGUUGGUUUGGGUUUUGUGAAGUGUCCUAUGUACAAGAAGCGUGAUUCCCAGCGCGUCGUGGAAGAGGUCCCGAUCUAUCUUCCCUCCACAGCUUUUCAAAAAUACAUUACCCAAGACAUGGUUGACAACACUGCGGAAUUUGACAAGAUUGUUGGUGAUUUGGAUGCUUACUGGGACCACCCCCUGGUCAAGGCUGCCAAGGCGGAGGGUAUCAAGCGCCAUGUUCGCCCAAUAGCUCUUUACUGGGAUGGAGUCGUGUACACCAAGAAGGAUUCCUUUUUUGCAUUCUAUGUCACAGACAUCUUGAGCAGUGAAGAAAUGUGCCAAUGUGGGUGUCGUGGCUGGUGCAGCCUCUAUCCCCUCUUGCUGCGCUGGACCACAGAUUUGAAGGGCCUUGAGGUUGUGCAGGUGACUUCACUGACCAUGAGGGCCAAGAUUCACCAGAACCUGGUUUACAAAUUCAAGAUGCGGGGUCGGUGUUUGUCCCACGCUCUCCCACUAUAUGGCCUCAAGAAAUCCAGCCGCUUGAUGCCAACGCCCACGUUGCCUGACGUGGCUGGCUUUGAGUUCAAAGAGAUUCCAUUUGAGACUUCCUGGUGGGUUGGUCCAGAAGAUGGGCGGCUUCUGCACGAUUGCCCUUUGCUAAAUUUGUCUGGCGUAGGCCUGGAGACUUUCUCUUUGGAUAUUAUGCAUAGCUGGCAUUUGGGCCCCCUUCAACUUCUGGUCAGCAAGGCUUUGAACUACUGCCUUGACACAGGUUUAUGGGGCCCACGGGCUGGUGGUGGGGGCGACGCCCAAGACCGACGGAAACUCUCCUUGCUAGCAAUAAAAUCUGAGCUGUUUGCAUUCUACCGGGACCAGCGGCAAGACAAAGAUUGGUUGGGAAAGGGGUCUGAAGUCUGGAACCUAACUUUGACCAUGCUGGGCUCUACGGAUGCUCCCAGCCUCCAUGCCAAAGCUGCCGAAUCGCAUGGACUGGCUCUUUUCGUUCGCCAACUCCUGGAGCGGCGCAUGGGUGAUUUUGAGCAAUGCUUACCCCGAGCGGAUGCGAGGCAAGGAAAGUUUCUCUUGGAAGCGUCUAAGGCCGCUUCGGAGCUAGAUGUUGUGUUUGGUGUUGAAUCCCGGCGUCUCACCCGCAACCAAGUUCACAGAGCUUUGGGGUGCUACUCACGCUUCUUGUCUUUCUACAACAAGGCUGGGGGACCCCUGGUACCAAAGACCCAUUUUAUGGUACAUUUGAUUCAAAGGUCCUUGUACAAAGGAAACCCUCGCAAAUAUUCCACGUACCGUGAUGAAUCUUUGAAUGGCCAAAUAGCCAAAAUAGCACGGAGCUGCCAUAGGCGCACGUGGGCAAACAUCAUCCACUGGAAGACCCAGGCUUUGCAUGACAAAUGCCAUGCACGCUUGAUUGCGUCCGAGAAGUUCCAAAAACUUUUGCACCAGGGUGGAAAUGAUUUUGGUGAAUGGGUUCAAGAAAACUAG